CGGCAGCAGAUAGCACGCGCUGGCAUAAUGGGCGCGGGUUUAUUUUAUUUAUUCACUGGAAAACAUUUAAGAAACGGCGACUUCUCUCCCUGACGGGAAGACGAGCCCUUGUCUGCUUCUUGAUUUUGAAGUAAAAAUCUGUGCUUUUCCCACUCUCUUUCUCAAUCCAUUACCCAUCAUUCUAUCUCUGUCUUAUCUCUUCCCAAAUCCCCAUUACCAGAAAUGAAGAUUAAGAACAAAGGUAAAGUUCACCCUUCUCCCUCGUCAUCUUCUUCCUCCGAUCAUGCCGAUGUUCUCCGGCUUCUUCCCGCCGCUAUUCUCGCUCUCGCUUCCGUCCUCUCCGUCGAAGACCGUGAGGUCCUCGCUUACCUGAUUACCAGGUCCAUGGACGCUUCCAUUUUUCUUGAAUCUUCCAAGAAGAAGAAACCGUUUUCCAAGAAGAAACCCUUCCCUCACAAUCCUCCCCUCUUCCACUGCGACUGCUUCGAUUGCUACACCAGCUACUGGUUCCGGUGGGACUCCUCCCCGAACCGCGAACUCAUCCACCACGUCAUCGACGCCUUCGAGGACCACCUGACCAACGGCGAAAACGCUAAGAAAAACGGGCAUAGAGGUAAAAAGGAAGAGAGAACGACUCGUCCUCUCACCAUUGUUCCGCCUCAGAACACAAUGGCUUUACACGAGAGUCCCCCGCCGGAUAUGGCCGACGACUCUGGAGUCGCUGAGUCUCUAGAUAGUGAAGCGCCUCCGUCGAAUUCGCCAAGACGGACGGAUAAUGCUGAAGUAAGUGAGCAGCCAGAAACAGAGAAGACCAUAGAUAAGGCAGCGUCGGCGGAGGAGGAAGAGGAGGAGCUGGGUGUGGCGCUCCCUCCGAUUCCGGCCGGUAACCACAGGGGUUUGGCCAGGAUGGUGUUGCUGGACGUGAUGGGGCUACUGAAUUCGCGUUUAUGGAACCUUUGGGGUCCGAAUGUUUAAUGCGAUUAUUUUUUUUUAUUAUAUUUUUCUCGAGCCCAAAAAGGAAUGAGAGAAAGAAAGAGGGAAAAAAAGCAUAUAUUUUUAACAUAUCAAUGGUCGGUUUGGUUCCUGUGACUGUGAAUGCGAGGCCCUUAGGGGGGGGGUUUAACUCCGUUCCGUCUCGCUAUUUAUUUGGUGGCUUUUGUUUUUAAAGUUUUUCCCCCCAAAUUUUUUUGUUGCUUUUUGGUCCAUCUGUAAGCGAAAAGUAGUUGCCGGCCGGAAGUCGUUUUCCGGGCAGUGGUCUUAGUUCAAAAGUUUCCAAGGUGCUCUUGCAGGAUAUUUUCAUUAAAUUUUGCUUAGGAGCAACGUUUUUGUAAUUUGGUGGCAUUAAAUUUUUCAUUUCUGUAAAAUGUAAUGAUUUAAGAAUAAACAAGGAUGUCCCGUCUA